UGCACUAGGUAGUGUGUGAUGUAAUUUCGCUGCAGAUAUAAAUAUCGUCGGCCAGGGAAAAGUGGCAUGGCUGAGCUGGGCUAGCACAUUCACGGUCAACAUUUAUUUGUUUAAUUUUUUCCAACUUUUGUGUGAAAGCAAAACAGCUUGAAGUGUAGUCUCUAGAGAGGAAACCCACAGAGCGCGACUUCAUGCCGCUCACUUGGGUUGACCUUAGCUCUGUCCGUGAGUAAGCUUUUUUGGCAUUUGUGCGUCUUUUUUGGCUGCCAACACAAAGAAAGACGACAUUUUUAGAGUCUUCAACUUCUUCAGACACUCACCUGUGUCCAUGCUGGUCAGAAGGAUGAGUGUUCAAUCGGCCCUCUUACCAAUACUGGUCUUGGGACUUGUGACAAGCUCAGUGCGCUGCGCUCCGCUGCCCGGCAGACAGAGCGGCCCCGUGGAGCGACGCUGGGAGACACUCUACUCUCGCUCUUUAGCUCGAAUCCCCGGGGAAAAGAGAGAUAUCAGCCGGGACAGCGAUUAUCUUACGGGCAUUAAAAGACUGCGACGUCUCUACUGCAAUGUUGGCAUUGGGUUUCAUCUCCAAGUAUUACCGGACGGUCGUAUAACCGGCGUGCACAACGAAAACCGCUACAGUCUUCUCGAGAUAUCUCCGGUGGAGAGGGGAGUUGUGACACUGUUUGGCGUCCGGAGCGGUCUAUUCGUGGCCAUGAACAGCAAGGGGAAGCUUUACGGAUCUGUGCAGUACACAAGUGAGUGCAAAUUCAGAGAAAAGCUCCUCGCAAACAACUACAAUGCGUACGAAUCGGUGGCGCAUCCUGGGAUGUACAUUGGACUGAGCAAGACUGGCAAAACAAAAAAAGGAAAUCGAGUAUCAACAGCCAUGACGGUGACACAUUUCUUGCCUAGAAUCUGAGCUCAUUUGAAGGGGGCGCAAAUGUCGGAAUGCGGGGAAACUCCGGACGAUGCACUUUCUACAGAAGUUACCUACAUAUGAGGUUGAGUGUAUCGUGUCAUGUGUAUAAAUAUUAGACUAUUUAUAACUGUUGAUUUUAUAUUGCAUCAUCACGUGGAAGAGAAAACAAUUAAUUUAUUUGUUAAUUUAUCCUCGUUGCUGCUACUAUACGUGUUCAUCUACAAGUGAAAUUCCUUCAAUGUACACACUAUGUUUUUGCACUGUUUUUUGUUGUUGUUCUAAAAUGACCGUUUUGGAGAGGUGGUAUUUGUCCUUCGUUGGAAAGCAUAUCUGAAAGUCUUAGGUCAAGCUUCCGACUCGUUAAGGUGUAUCAACCCCCAUAGUAUUAACACUGGAGCAAUUGUCCAGUGUCUGAGCUCCUUUGUGCGGAGCUUGGACCUAACUGAAGCAGUGUCGGCUUACUCUAGCUUACUGAAGUUCUACCCCUUCAAAUCUGUUUUUAGCUCUGCCGGGGGGUUGAACUUUCAACUUAUCCGCAGUCAAUCUUUGUCACAUCUCUAAGGCUCCGGGUAGAGAGAGGUAACGUCUUUAACAUACAUUGGAAGAAUUUAAAAAUUCAAAGGCAUCGGUGUGCAUUGCAAUGCAGAUACUGUACCCUGAUCCCCUUUUAAAAAUACAUGCUUUUCAAUGCCAAGUUCAAUUCAGUCUUCUAUGUGGCAUAGGGCCGGAACCGGAACUAGGUGUCUGGGGGGAGGGGGUACCAAAAGAUCAGUAUUCUUCUAAGAGGGUAAACAUGUAAACAAAAAUGUUGUGGUGUGUUAGUAACCUUAGAGUUUAUUGUAAAAACAAUGUCACAACUUUCAAAGUAAGUUAAGAGGAGGCAUAUGGAGGCUUAUUCAGUCUUUUACUACCUCAUGCAGUUUCCAACUGAUUGAAAAUCAGCUGAAUGUUUAGUUCUAAGUCUUCUGAGGGCGGCUACUACCACUCUGUGAAGUUCAGGCGACCAUAGCGUCCUAGUUGCGCCUUGUCACGUUUGAGCUAUCUUUACCCUGUGAUUUACUUUUAGAAAGUAUAAUCAUGUUGGAAAUAUUUGCAAACAGCUGUUAGACUAUACUAUAUGCUCAACCAGUAACCCUAUAUUUUUUCUUUAUAGAUUUUGUAAAUAUAAUACGGUGCAAAACUGGGAAGCUGCUUUUAAACAUGGCAUUGCAUGCUGGCAAAGUAAAUAUUUCGAUAUACAUUCAUGCAGGGAAAAAUAAGCUUUCCACCUUAAACAUUUGAAACAUAUAUUUGCGAGAUGUUAUUUUAAGUAAAGCAUUCCUUAUUGUCAUCACUGUGGCUAUAGAGGCCUACAGGUAAUUGAGAGAAUAUGAAAAUGUACCUUUGUUAAGUCUUUCCGUAUUAGUUGCAAUGAGUGUCAAACUGGACUAAAAAUGGAUGGAGAGUGGAGAAAACUUCUUUAGAACAUCUUAAGAUGGGUCAAUUUUAAAAGAUAAAUUUGUCAUCAAUUGCAUAAACCCAUUCUUCAAAAUUGUAUUUUUUAUUUUAUUGAAUGCAAUCUCAAAACCUUGUUUGAGUUGUUACAUGUCCAGAUUUGCCAUUUGUUAAUUGGUGUGCCCUGCGUGGAUGCGCUGAUCAAUUAGUUUCAGGUGAUGACUCUGAGCUACCUAAACUAAAGCUGAAGAAGGGUUUCUCUGUAUUUCUCCCUUUUUCACAGCCGUGUCAAACCUCUUUCCAAUUGGACAUGUUUUGCAUCAGUGUGGAUGUUGUUUACAAUAGUCCGGAUGGGCACUGAAGGCAAAUAGUUCCUUUGACCCUCAUCACAAUGUAGAGACAAAUCACUGGACUUGAUUUGUUUAACAAAAAAAAAAAAAAAAGAAGCUAUAUCAACAGGCAUGACCUAGUAGCCUGAGGGUAACGAGAUUAGAGAAAACAGAAAUUCAUCAUCCGUCGCUAAUAAACUGCCACUUCAAAACAACAAUGUUCCAAAACAGUGAAAAAAUUGACAUUUUUGGAGCUGGGAUGAAUGCAGUGUAUUGAAAUAAACUAUAAACCAUUUCUCUGUCAAAUUCCCAUAAGUCUUAUCAUCCAUUAACUGCCAGUUGUAUUUGCAUCCAUUGCAGGGCUCUAUAGCAGUUGGGCUGAUGUUUGAGUUCUGUAGUAGUGUGCUCUGAAUCCUGUUGACAUUUACCAAAUAUUGUCUGUAGUUUUAUACAGGUCCUGUUAAAUAUUGUGAUGUAUGUGCUGUGCACAUGAUGA